AUGCCGAUUUUUGCUAUGUCUGUCUUUCUAUUGCCCAGAGCGACUUGUAAUGCUAUUGAGAGUACUAUGAGUAACUUUUGGUGGGGGAGUGGGGAGUCCGAUAGGAGGGGGAUUCAUUGGUUAAGUUGGGCACGGUUGGCCAAGCCGAAACACUUAGGGGGGAUGGGGUUCAAGAGAAUGCAUGAGUUUAAUGUGGCUUUAUUGGCUAAGCAGGGUUGGCGUAUUCUCACCUCUCUAAACUCUCUUGUAUGCAGGGUUUUCAAAGCAAAGUACUUCCCUAAUGGGGGCUUUCUUUCGGCUUCAUUGGGUCAUAAUCCCAGCUACUUAUGGAGAAGCAUUGUGGCUGCACAGAAUCUGCUGAGGGAUGGGGUGGGUAGAAGGAUUGGGAAUGGAAGGGACACAUUCGUUUGGGGUGAUUGUUGGUUGGCGGAUGUGGAGAAUCCAAAGCUGGACACGGAAUGUUAUGAGGAGUUGAGAUAUGUCACGGUGUCUAACCUCAUGUCUAAUGACGGUUUAUGGGACCAAGACUUGCUGAGGGAUCUUUUGCUGCCUACAGAUGUUGAUAGGGUCUUGGCUACGCCGGUGGCAUUGGAUAAAUGUGAUGUAUGGUACUGGAGAAACGACAUACGGGGCCAAUAUACGGUGAAGCAUGGGUACAGGCUCCUAACCGAGAGCAGUGUUUUAACGCAUGUGCCUAGUCUUGUCUCUUGGCAUAAGUUGUGGCGGCUAAAGGUGCCACCGAAGGUUAGGGUAUUCUUGUGGCGGUGCAUAAGGGGGAUCUUGCCUGUGAAAGAGGUUCUGAAAGAGAAGAGGGUGUUUAUUGGGGGUGGUUGUCCGCUGUGA